AUGGUGAAGGCAUUCCUGGGAAAGACCUACCAGCUGGACAAGAAUGAGAACAUGGAGGCCUUCCUCAACGCCUACGGCGUGGACGCGGCGACGAAGGAGGCCGCCGCCCAGCUGAAGCCCACGACGACGCUGACGGAGAGCGGCGGCGUGUACACGCAGGUGACGGCCGCGGGAGACCGCAAGGUGACCACCUCCUUCAAGCUGGGCGAGGAGUUCGACGAGACGACGCUGGACGGCAAGAAGGCCAAGACCACCGUCACCCAGAAGAGCGACGACACCCUGCUCCAGGUCCAGAAGUUCCCCGACGGCAAGGUCGUCAACAUGGAGAAGAAGUUCACCGCAGAUGCACUGACGGUGACUAUCACCCUCGGCAACAUCACGGCCAAGAGGAUCUACAAGGCGAUCUAAUUACAUUAUGGACG